CCCGCAGAGUUGGAUCGAUCCACGUAGACUGAUGGUGACUAUGGGAAUUGGGUCUUAGUCUAAGGCACUACGGCAUUCAUUAAAUGUCACCUGUCAAAAUGCCUUGUCAAAAUGAGGUUGAUAUAUAGCUGCGGGUGUGUGUGGUGACAUCAGGGAUUGCUCUUUGAAAACAUCCGUGUCAACCAUAUACACUUCAAAACGCCUUUUGGCUGCCACGCGACUGCUUGUGUACAUAUCUCCUUGGAAGUAACAGCACAGUUAGAAGAUUGCAGUAUGACAGGAUCUCUGAUGUUUACUAUUUUGGUUGGUUGCGCCAUUAUUUGCGUCACCAAAGUUUCUCAAGUGGAGAGCAAAGGGACAUACUCCGUGUGUCCUAUCCUAAGGUGUGAAGCUAUUUCAAAAUCGUGCAUCAAGGAAGUAACACCAUCUGACCUCUACCCGGACGGUACACUAUGUAAAAAGUGUCCUGUGUGUGAAGUCUAUAGAUAUCCACAAUAUGAUGGAUGCCAGAUAACUCCACGUUGUGUCGCACAGCCCAACUGCUUGAUCUCUUUACCGACAGGUUAUCUGCCAAAAGCAUGUGACCAGAUAUGUCAUCUUUGCCCAGUCUGCAUUCUUACUAAGAAAAUUUAAUGGCAUAAGUAACAGAGGACAGGCACUGAGACAGAACAUAAAUUAAAAGACGUAGUAAUAACUGAUUGUUUUAAUUUAAAUUAAUGAGAAAAGUCUACCAACGCACACCUGCUAGUACAGUUAUAUCUUUCAGUAUCUUUGCUCUCUAUUAGAGGCUAGCUGAGUGAUGACGUCAAUUUUAUGCUGGAGAUCUAGCUGGACGGUACAGAGAAGUGCAUAGAAUUGGACAAAGAAAUACACUGUAUAUGUGAAUAUCUAAUAAAAAUCAAUCUGUGGGUCCGGAAAAGGGUACAGUUUACAACAGUUUAAAUAUUCGUAUUUUGAAAAUUAUUUUUUCUUUAAGUAUAUAAUGAAAUAAGUUGAAAUAAGUGCAUUAGUAAUAGAUAUUAUGACUCUGAAAAAUGCCUUAACUUCUGAUGUGCAAAGAUUUAUAAAGCAAUAAACACUGUCGUUU